AACGCGGAGCGGUCUCUGAUCAAGGACAAUAAGAGACGAGGAAAAAAAGUAUAUUUCCCCAACAACCCGACCAAACCACUACUCUUCCACUCUCGUUAGAACUUUCAUCGACAUGUCGCCCAGGACGACCACUUUUCUCCUCUCUGCUCUCGUAGCCCUGCUCGGGAGCCAGGUCAACGUCAACGCUCAGGCCGUCGCCAGCUCGGCUUCGUCAGCCGUCGCUUCGGCCGGUCAGGCUUCGAUCACGGCGACCAGCUUGUUGCCCUCGAGCCAGUCGGUCGCUGCUCCCGUGGCUGCUACUCCGACCGUUACUGUCAACACCGAGGGUCUGCCUGUGACUGCUCUGGCUACCAACUUGCCAGAUGGAUACAGCGUUCCUGACCUCGCCUCAAUCACGGCCAACAUGCCUCCCGCCACGACCGUCCCCCUGGACACGACCUACUCCGCUGGAGCCUCGCCUACCGGUGUUGCUGGCGCUCCUCCCAUCCCGACCUCGUUCCCCGUAGUCGCCGAGUACCCCCCGCUCGACGCCAAGCCGCCCACGGACUCGGCUCAGGUUCAACAGUGGUUGAGCGAGUUGGACCUCAGCGACGUGCCCGAUUUCGGUCAGACUACCGGAGCUUGUUACAACUCGCCCGAGGCUGCUGCCCAGACGGAACGUUGUUGGUGGACUUGUGGUGGCUGCACCCGAUCGACCGACAUCACCGUCUGCCCUGACAAGCUCGACUGGGGCCUGAGUUACGACGACGGUCCUUCGCCUUACACUCCCUUGCUACUCGACUACCUCAACGCCAACGACCUGAAGACCACCUUCUUCGUCGUCGGUUCCCGAGUCUUGUCCCGACCCGAGAUGGUCAUCAGCGAAUACAUGUCCGGUCAUCAGAUCUCGGUCCACACCUGGUCCCACCCUUACUUGACCAACCUCACCAACGCCGAGAUUGUCGCCGAGCUCGGUUGGACGAUGAAGGUCAUCAAGGACACGAUCGGUGUCACUCCCCGAACUUUCAGGCCUCCUUACGGUGACAUCGACGACCGUGUCCGAGCCGUCGCUGCCAAGAUGGGUCUGACCCCGAUCAUUUGGACCACCGGUAACGGCGUCAUCUUCGACACGGACGACUGGAACAUUCCCGGAGGUCGUGCCAACGGUCAGACCUCGUUGGCCAGGUUCAACACCAUCUUGGAGACGGCCGAACAGCUCGACACUGGGUUCAUCGUCUUGCAGCACGACUUGUACCAGUCCACCGUCGACCUCGCCGUCGGUUACGUCUUGCCCAUGGCCCUGAACGAGACGAGCCCGUACACCCUGAAGUCGCUCUCGCAAUGCCUCGGAUGGGACGAGUCCGAGUCGUACAUCGAGACUUCGAGCAACGACACUGUCAUUGCCGACCCUGCCGCGCAGUCCGGUGGCACUUCGUUCCCCGUCGCCUACAACACCGGAUCUGCCGCCGCUCCUUCGGCUAGCGGAGACUCGACCGCAACUGGUGGCUCUGCUGCGACCACCACCUCGGGAGGAUCCGCCGCUACCGGUCAGACUACCGGCGGAGCCGCCGCCACUUCGGCCAGCACUGGAAACAAUCAGAACGCCGCCUCUCGAGCUGCUGGAUUCGCUCCUGGUUACACUGGCGCUGCUGCUCUCGCCGCCGUCGCCCUUGGUGCCAUGGUGGUGCUCUAAGCGGCUGGUCCGGAAAGAGAGACGUUGGAGCUGAGAGCUUUCGUGGAGAACGGUACUAUCGCCGUCGAGACACAACUAUAUUAUAUACCCCCCUUUUUGGUUUGUUAUUCUCGUCUGCUUGCGGGCUGGAUCGACAGUCAACCUGACGAGUGAAUAGGCCGUCACAUGGCCGAUCAGAUGGACAUUCUUUGACUCUUUUCUUUUGCUGCACGCCAUUU